AUGGCGGGCAUGGAGGAAUUGGAGAUACACAGCAAGUCAUAUCUCGUCCGCUGGAUAAACGUCAGCCCUGAGCAUACGAUAUCAUGGAGCAUCCAGCCACACAAGAAGUCGCUCAAUUUCGGAAUCUUCAAGCAUCCCGGCGCGUCAGGGCUUGCAAUCAACAGUGCUGCGUCUACAUAUUCGCAAACCACAGGGAGUGACAUCAACGACCUUUCAAAGGAGAACAACGGCCCUGCGAAACAGGCGGAUUCUUCACUUUUAAUUACGGAGAAGCUUAAGGGCGUUGGGCUGAAACCGAUCGAAUGGAUAGGGAAAUGCGAGGCUGACAAGAUAUCUCAGGGAACGUAUGACGUGGGUUCCAGUGAGGGAGGCAACUACGCUCUUGUUUUCGACAACACAUUCUCUAAACAAAUCUCCAAGACGGUUACCUUCGUCCUGCUCACCUAUCCGACUAGCUGCCCGCCACGCUCUGGACACCAAGUCCAUCACACCCAAGCCGCAGCUGGCCCGAUCGGAUCACAGGCACCUUCGCGCCCGAGCCCAAAACUCAGCGCGACCGAGACAGAAGCAGAGGCAAAGGCACGGGCUCAACAGCGAGGACGGCCUGGGUUCAGUGCUGCGGCCCCAGGCAGCUCAAAUGGGCCACCCACUGUAACAGACUCGUCUGCGAGCAUCGCGCCAUCCGUGCAUACCGGUAUACUGUCAAAAAGACGCCGUAAGCGACACCAAGGCUAUGCCCGACGGUUCUUCUCGCUGGACUUCAACUCAUCGACCCUAUCAUACUACCAUGAUCGCAACUCUUCUGCUCUGAGAGUGGAAAUAUGGCAUCUACGUGCACUAAAUAACCCCGAGUUUCAGGCCUGGAAGGAGGCGCUCGAGAAAGCAUCGAAUCAAGACAAUACUGUGGAGGAAGAGGAUGGCAGGCUUAAGGUGCCUACCUUGAUCACCAGGAGGCACAGCCAGAAUAAACCCAAGUCCCAGGAUUGGAAAACUAUCGAACGACUAGUUGGAUCGGUAUCUGCUUCGAGGGAUAAGGUUCGCCAGCUGGCUAAGGAUACAGACCCAAAGUACCUCAUGCCCACCCCAGACCGCGAGGGUAAUCAAAGCCCAGCAAACGGUGUACGUCGUGUUUCGCAACCCGGAGAUGGCUCUGAAAGCAAGGAGAAAAGGUCGUUCUGGAAACUCAAGGGUAAAGGUGACAGUGGCAGCAAUACGCCCACGCAACGUCCGGCUCUGUCACCUCUAGGACCACAGCAAACUCCUCCAGCUAGCAACGAAGGCUCCUAUUUCGACACCAGCUCAUUCAAAACCGCAAUUGGGUCUGGUGUUCAUGAAGACCUGAUGGCACUACUUCACGACCUGAACGCAGUCGUCUCCGAGUUUAAUACCCUAAUAAGUGACCGAAACCGUUCGAGGACGCCGAUAGCACUGCGGCCUGUUCAUUCAAACGUAACCGCUGAUUCUGAUUCAGAGGAGUUUUUCGAUGCUAUGGAUGGAGGUAACAUCUCUCCCUUGUUAACGAUUCACCAGGACAGUGGCGAGGAAGACUCAAAGAGCGUGGUCACGGCUGUUGAUGACGAUGCUGCGUCAUCUUCUGGCAGUGAUGUGGAUGAUAGAGACGAGUUCCUACGAGGCGACUUCAAACUCGACUCCUCAUCCUCACUGUUCCCAGUAAAGUCACGGUCGCUUGUUCCCUUACCGAUGGAAGCACCGCCCCGCAGAUCAAGGAUAGAGCCACCAAUUGGCCUACCACCAAGUCUGAUUAGCUUCAUGCGUAAGAAUGUUGGCAAGGAUCUAUCGACUAUAUCAAUGCCUGUGUCCGCCAACGAGCCUCUUUCUCUUCUACAGCGAGCCGCAGAGCAGCUUGAAUACUCCCAGCUUCUUGACAAGGCGGCCAACGCUACUGAUGCUCUGGAGCGGUUGAUAUAUGUGACCGCUUUUGCGCUCUCGCAGUUUUCUAGUUCUCGAAUCAAAGAGCGGACUAUUCGCAAGCCUUUCAACCCCAUGCUAGGCGAGACGUAUGAGCUUGUCCUUCCAGAGAGAGGGUUCCGUUUCAUUGCCGAAAAGGUCUCUCAUAGACCCGUCCAGCUAGCAAUGCAGGCAGACUCGCGCGACUGGAGUUUUAUUCAAUCCCCCAGGCCUACGCAGAAAUUCUGGGGAAAAUCCGUCGAGAUUAUCACUGAGGGCAAGUCUCGGUUAACGCUUCAUUCGAGUGGGGAGCAUUUCAGCUGGUCUGCUGGUACCCAGUUCCUGCGUAAUAUUAUUGCCGGCGAGAAGUAUGUGGAACCUGUCGGCGAGAUGUGUGUGCUCAACGAGACCACCGGUCAAAAGACAAUCGCCGUAUUCAAAGUUGGAGGCAUGUUCUCCGGCCGUAGCGAAGAGGUUACAGUCAAAGCCUACGAUACACAUGGCGAAGAACUACCACUUGGUCUGCAAGGGAACUGGACCUCGUCCCUCCAGCUGACGGAGCACGGGAGCUUGACAGACAAGACCAUAUGGGCUGCUGGGCCCCUGGUCGACAAGCCACAGAAACACUACGGCCUGACUGAAUUUGCAGUGACCUUGAAUGAAAUCACAGCGGUUGAGCAGCGGAAACUACCUCAAACAGAUAGUCGCCUUCGUCCUGAUCAACGCGCCCUGGAAGAAGGCAAUGUCGACGAAGCAGAAGACGUAAAGGCACGGCUAGAAGAGGCCCAGCGUCACCGCAGGAAAGAGAUGGAGCAAAAGGGCGAGACAUGGCGCCCUAGGUGGUUUACACAGGUUGAUGUCGACGGCCUAGAUAACGGAGAUGAUAUAUGGAAACUCCGUACAGGCAAGGAUGGAUACUGGGAAGAGAGAGCAAAGGGUGAGUGGACGGGGACCACACCCAUCUUCCAGUUAUAA